AUGGGGAUUCAACUUGCUGAAAUGUUCCAUACUAAGAAAGUUCGACAAUUUAUAUUUUCUGUAAGGCAACAAUUUUCAAAACAAAAGUCAGAUAUGCUAAGUGUUCGAGUUCGUCGAGGGCACUUUGUGGUUUAUGUAGGAGAUGAAGAUGAAGAGAAGAAACGUUUCGUGGUUCCGAUUUCCUAUCUAAAACAUCCUCUCUUUCAAGAACUAUUGAGAAAUGCUGCUGAGGAGUUUGGUUAUGAUCAUGGAAUGGAUGGGUUAAUUGUUCCUUGCUCUGAGAUUUACUUUCAUUAUCUCAUUUCUCAAUUGAAUUCUACCGAAAUAGGGGAGAAGGUAUCUAGGGAGGCGAUAUCAUCGAGGAACCCUUCUAGUGAUCGUGGAGAAACCGACUUAGCUUCUUGA